AUGGGGCUCACAGUACCAUUAUUAUUUGCUGUUUUAAUAAUUUUAUCGUUAUAUUGUUAUUUGAAAGUUUUAUACGACUCCUUAAAACGAAUAAAAAUUCUGAAUAAUAAUAGUGAUUUUUCAAAUUUACGUAAAACAUCUGAUAAAUUAAUUAAAAAUACUGAAAUUACAUCAGAAAUAAUAGUGUUACCUCAAGCACCAGGGCCUUUGCCAUGGCCAAUAUUAGGUAAUCUGGCGCUAUUGGGGCAAUACGAUGUACCAUUUGAAGGUUUUACGGAUUUAUCAAAACGUUUUGGUGACAUAUAUUCGCUAACUUUGGGAACAACAAGAUGUUUAAUUGUUAAUAAUUUAAAUUCAAUAAAAGAAGUAUUAAAUCAAAAUGGAAAAUUUUUUGGUGGACGCCCCGAUUUUAUAAGAUAUCAGAAGCUUUUUGGCGGUGACAGAAGUAAUUCACUUGCAUUAUGCGAUUGGUCUCAGCUACAACAGAAACGUCGGAAUUUAGCUCGUAAACAUUGUUCACCAAGAGAUACAUCAUCAUAUUUUGCGAAAAUGAAUGAUGUUGGCUGCUUUGAAAUGCAAGAAUUCAUGCGAAAACUAUCAAAUAGUCUUCAACAAAAUAAUGAAUUUCAUUUAAAGCCAUUAAUAAUGCAAACAUGUGCAAAUAUGUUCUGCCAAUACAUGAGCUCCAUCCGAUUUGAUUAUGAAGACAAAGAAUUCCAAACUGUUGUACGUUAUUUUGAUGAAAUUUUUUGGGAAAUUAAUCAAGGUUAUGCUAUUGAUUUCUUACCUUGGCUAUUACCAUUUUAUAAAAAACAUAUGGAUACUAUAGUAAAUUGGUCAACAACAAUACGAAACUUUAUUUUGAAUCGCAUUAUAAUUAAUCGAGAAAAAACUGUUAACAUUGAUGAGCCCGAAAAAGAUUUUACUGAUGCAUUAUUAAGAAGUUUAUCUGAGGAUAGUGAUGUUUCACGAAACACAAUCAUAUAUAUGUUGGAAGAUUUUAUUGGUGGUCAUUCAGCAAUUGGUAAUUUAGUAAUGUUAUCUUUAGCAAGUGUUGUUAAAAAUCCGUCAAUUGGUAAAAAAAUACAAAAUGAAAUUUAUGAAAUAACUGGUGGUGAAAGACCGGUAACAUUAAUGGAUGUCGACAAAAUGCCAUUUACAGUUGCAACAAUAUAUGAAGUACUUCGGGAUUCCUCAUCACCAAUAGUACCACAUGUUGCUACAGAAGAUGUUUCAGUAGGUGGAUAUGGUGUUAGUAAGGGUACUUUAGUUAUUAUCAAUAAUUAUUUAUUGAAUAAAAGUGAAGAGUAUUGGGAUCAACCAAAUGAAUUUAAUCCUGAACGUUUUAUUGAAAGUGUUCAAAUUCCAUUUCCUACAACAAAAUCAAAUCAAAUUGAAGAAAAAUUUAUUAAAGAAAAUGAAGUAAAUAAAAAGAAAAUUGAUAAAAACAAUUAUGAAAACGAAUAUCAAAAAAAAUAUAUGGAAGUUAGAAGAUUAAAAAAGAAUAUACCACAUUUUUUACCUUUUAGUAUUGGUAAAAGAACAUGCAUUGGACAAAAUCUAGUGAAAGGUUUUGGAUUCAUAAUGUUAGCAAAUAUAAUGCAAUCUUAUAACAUAUCUUGUAGGGAUAUAAAUAAAAUUAAAACUUAUCCGGCUUGCGUGGCAUUACCACCAGAUACGUUUUCCUUACAAUUAACGCAGAGAAUAUAA